AAAGAGGCGGGAAGAGCGAAUUUGGGUCUCGGCGGCCGCCGUAGGCGCGGCGCUCUGGUCCCCAUGGCAACAACUCGAAGCGCCAAGAUUCUGGGCGGUGCCGGAGCCGGGGCAGUUUGGACCUCGCGCGGCGCGGUGUCUCCGAACUGCUGGCAGCCCGGACGGCGCAGCUCCUGGACUGGCUGGCCCUGCCCUGCCCCAUGGACGUGAGUCCACCUCCUCCCCGCGCUGCAACAGCCCCUCGGUGCGCUGUGCCCACCCUGACUUCGAGCCCGGACUGGGAAGGCUGCUUCCAGCCAACAUAGGAGCUGCCGGCUCGCAAGAGCUGGACGUGGGGCGGGGGGCGUUAUCCCUGAUGCUAGGGGAUUUACCAGGUCAUCGGGUCGUGCAGGAAGUAGACAGCAAAUGGCAAAGACGGCAGCCUGGGAGGCAGAGGGCAGAGCAUCUGAGGAACUGCGGGACCAGACGGGGGGCUGCGUCACGGAAACGUUUUCUUCUCAGUCACUGGGAGCCGCUGGUGGGUGGGAAAGGCGGGGUACGCCAGACAGCUGUUGCAGAAAGAGGCAGCGUUGCAGGUUUCAAGAGCGGCCAGCCGGUAGCGCGGGCAAGGAUCAGGGGGUGCAGUCACAGGCUGUUGGAGAGGCGGUCUGAAAAAAAGGGCAGUGAAUCUCAGGAGAUUCCAAAUGACCACCAAGCACCCGAUGGCAGUGAAGCGUCCUCUAGCCAGUGGAAUCCAAGCCCGGCUCCCGUCAGCAGCCCGCCCCUGCUGCUCCCCAUCCCUGCCAUCGUCUUUAUCACUGUGGGCAUCUAUCUGUUGCUGCUGGGCCUCGUGCUGCUGACCAGGCACUGCCUGCUGGUCCAGGGCUGCUGCAUAGACUUCAGUUCCCCCUGCAGGAAGCAAGGUGCCUCCGAGCCCCAGGACUGUUGCUGGACCUGUGCGGAAGCCUGCGACUUUCCUCUGCCCAACCCAGCCGGCUACCUGGAUGCCUGCUGCCCCCAGCCCAGCGAAGCUGACUGGGCCCCUCGCUGUCCUCGCUGCUGCCCGCUCUGUGACUGCGCCUGUGCCUGCCAACUUCCUGACUGCCAGAGCCUCAACUGUCUCUGCUUUGAGAUCAAGCUCCGAUGAAGACCAGGGGCCCUGCUCUCUGGGGAGCGGCCGGCCCCCAGGGCCCCAGGGCCCCCUGCCUAAGGGCUCCCAGGACGCCUCUCUCCAGCCCCCGGGAACCGCAAAUGGCAGGCCCAGCUUACCAGCAUUGGAGGGCCUGGCUGCCUACAGGGCAGGCCUCAGAGACCCCCCUGGUCAGCUGGACUGCAGCUAAUUCGGAAGGCUGGAAGGGAUAGGGGCUAGUGCUUCCGAUCCCAAGCAGACUGUUACAUUUGAAGGGGAGGGUCGGGGGCACUGCUCCCCACAGACGGCACCAUGGGCCUCAGCCAGCCUUGAGCAUCAGGACUUAAGGGUGCCCAACCACACCCUGUCAUGGAUGCUUAGUUAUUUUAG